UCUAACACCAGCUUAGCUUUAUCGUCGACAAGCAGCGCAAAAGCUCGCUCGCGUUGCUCUCUCUCUCUCUCGGAAACUCUCUCAGAGCGUACAAAUCCUCUCGCUCCUUCUCAAACCUCCCUAGAGUUUCCUUCUUCUAAAUCUUCCUUCACCGCAUGAAACCCUAGGGACUGAGCUUCUCUUCCGUGCAAUUAUGGCGGUUCGAGCCGUUAACAGCUGCGUAAUCUUUCGCUCCGCUUCUUCUCCUCCUCUGUCCGCCGUCCGGUGCCGAUUGUACAGUUUCAGCACCUUUCCUCUUCGCCGCUACUGCAAAUUGGGAUUCCGGUUCCCGAUAUUGUGGCCCGAGCGGAAGUUUUUGGGCCAUGGCGGUGUUCGGAGCUGUUCGGUUCACAGUCUCGUCGACAGCGUCAUGGAAGAGCUCAAAUUCAUGCGCAAGAGGAAGAGAGUUUGCGCUGCCUCCAAAAUUGGAUUAACGAGCAGUGGAGAGCUUCUUGAAGAUAAGCUCUCGAACCGAGCACUAGAGAAAGGGUUGUUGCUGGAGUUCAAGAAGGAUUCUGAUAGGGUCCUGCUGGCAGUUGCUCAGAGACCUGACGGGAAGAAGAACUGGAUGGUGUAUGAUCAGAAUGGUGUCACAUCCUCCAUUAAACCACAGCAAAUUACAUACAUUGUUCCAGGCAUUGAGAAUUUCGAUCACACAGAGAUUUCGGAUUUUGUUCGGAGAGCACAGGAUAACUUGGAUCCAGCACUGCUUGAGUUUGCUUGGGUUGAGCUUCUAGAAAAACAUAAGUCUGUGACAACCGAAGAAUUAGCAGAGAUGAUUUUUGGUUGUGCGGAGCCUCUUGAGAGCUAUUGUGCCCAUCUUUUGCUAUCAAAAGAUGAAAUAUACUUCAGUGUGCUGGAGACAAAAGGUUCACGUUCUUUAUAUGGGCCUAGACCUACUAUGCAGGUAGAAGAACUUUUACGUAGGAAGCUCACUAAGGAGGCUGCUGAGAAAGAACUUCAGGAGUUUGUUCAAUUAUUGAAAUCUGCUAAGGCAAAGGCUUCUGAAGCUAAACCUCCCAAAUCUUCAUGGAUGGUUGAAGAGAAAAUUAGACACAAAAUUGAAUCUCUUGAAUCUUAUGCCAUUGAUGCCUGCAAAGACGACGACCAAAAGAAAACAGCUGGAAUGAUUCUCAAGGCAAUGGGACUGGUGAGAACAGCAUCAACAGCUGUAAAUCUCCUCAUAGAUAUUGGUUAUUUUCCUGUACAUGUCAAUCUUGAUCUCUUAAAGUUCAAUAUUCCUACUGAUCAUUCGGACGAGAUAAUAUCAGCUGCUGAAAGUCUUCUGUUGGAGUCAUCUGAUCCAGAUGAGAUUGAUAGAAAAGAUCUCACUCACUUAAAGGUUUACGCCAUUGAUGUUGAUGAGGCUGAUGAGCUUGAUGAUGCCCUGAGUGCAACAAGGUUGCAAGAUGGCCGGAUUAAGAUCUGGAUACAUGUUGCGGAUCCAGCAAGAUUUGUGCAACCUGGGAGCAAAGUAGACAGGGAGGCAAUGAGAAGAGGAACUUCUAUAUUCUUGCCUACUGCCACUUAUCCAAUGUUUCCAGAGAAACUUGCCAUGGAGGGAAUGAGUUUGAAACAAGGAGAGAUUUGCAAUGCUGUUACAGUCUCUGUUGUGCUGCGUUCUGAUGGCAGCAUUGCAGAAUACUCGGUGGACAAUUCAAUCAUCAAACCCACCUAUAUGCUGACAUACGAGAGUGCAUCUGAACUGCUUCAUUUGAACCUGGACGAGGAGGUUGAACUGAAAAUUCUAUCCGAGGCAGCAACUUUGCGGUCUCAGUGGCGACGAGAACAGGGUGCAGUUGACACGGUCACAUUAGACACACGUAUCAAGGUGGCUAACCCAGAUGAUCCAGAGCCUGUUAUCAAUCUUUAUGUCGAAAACCAAGCAGACCCUGCAAUGCGACUAGUCUUUGAGAUGAUGAUACUCUGUGGGGAAGUUAUGGCCACUUUUGGUUCUUGCAAUAACCUUCCUUUACCCUACAGAGGACAGCCCCAGUCAAAUAUUGAUGUAUCUGCAUUUGCGCAUCUUCCAGAAGGACCCGUUAGGAGCUCUUCCAUUAUUAAAGUUAUGCGUGCUGCUGAAAUUGAUUUCAGGAAACCUAUACGCCAUGGGAUUUUGGGACUUCCUGGUUAUGUUCAGUUUACAUCUCCUAUUCGUAGAUAUAUGGAUCUUCUUGCUCAUUAUCAGGUCAAAGCAUAUCUUAGGGGUGAAUCUCUUCCUUUCUCAGCUGGUCAGCUAGAGGGGAUUGCAUCAAGUGUAAACAUGCACUCUAGAGUAGCGAAGAGGCUAUUUGGCAGCAGUCUCCGGUAUUGGAUGUUAGAAUACCUUAGAAGGCAACCAAAAGAAAGAAGAUAUCGUGCAUUGAUCCUGAGAUUCAUUAAAGAUCGGGUUGCAGCCUUAUUGUUAGUUGCGGUGGGAGUUCAAGCUUCUUUAUCGGUGUCUGUUGGAUCACAGAUUGGAGAUGAAGUAGAAGUUCGGGUGGAAGAAGCCCAUCCUCGUGAUGACUUUCUUGAGCUUAAGGAGGUUAUUUGAGGGAUACAAAGAGAUUCUUUUGGCUGGAAGUUAUCAUCAAAGAAUCAUUUUUUCCCAUGUACCAGGAUGAGUAUAACCUCUGCAACCUUUUAAAGUGCUGAGACAUACUGUCAGACAGCCGAACAUCACUUUUCAAGAAGAAUGUUCAUAAACAUCACCAUCUGCGGAAGUGACUGCCUGUGUUGCAUUCCAUGACAAGCAUAUGGCUGAUUCAAAUUGCCGUCUCUAUGUUGAACCAUGUCCCAGAAACCACAAAUCUGAUGGAUCAAGAAAUAGCUUCAAGGCAUUGCUCUGCUUGUUUAACUUGGCUAAUGGCCUAUGUUGUGUAGAUUUUGAUUAAUACAUGGCUAAGGCGGGUUGGUAAUUUAUUUUUGGGGGCCAGCAUUUCUGUAUGUUGAUUUUGUUCGUCAAUGCCCUUCUGUACAAGGGCACGGCUCACUGGAGUCAUGUAUACCAUAUAUUAGAUCUCUGUUAGUGUAGCCCUAAUUGAAAGUAGCAAUAUGGUAUAUCAA